UCAACGGCCUCAAAAUUUGUUGAGAAGAAAAAAAGGGGUGAAAUUUUGGCUUUGUUUCUGGCAUUGGAGGUAAAAUUACAUUGGCAUCGUUUAAAUCGAACUCUCUUUGAAAUGUGGAAGAAAUGAGGAGUUGUUUGCUAUAUUUUGAAGAUAAAUAUAUGAAAUUCUAGGGUUUGAAGUGGGAUUUGAGCUGUUUUUGAGAGCUGGAAUGAUCGAAUUUAUGGGUUAGAUAAAAAAAGAAUUUAAAAUCUUUUUGUUUGUGGCAAAUUCACAAAUGGUAGCUCUGUGAAGUGGUCGUGUUUCAUGGAGCAAAGUUGGAAAGUAAUAAAGGUGGAUUGGUGGUCUAAUGGCUUCACCUUGAAUGGCUGAUUUCCAGAGAAGUGGUCUCGCCCAGAGGGAUAUCGACCAGGCCAUUACAGCGCUUAAGAAAGGAGCGUACUUGCUCAAGUAUGGACGUAGAGGGAAACCCAAGUUUUGCCCUUUCCAGCUCUCCAAUGAUGAGUCUAAAUUGAUAUGGUACUCUGGGAAAGAAGAGAAACUUCUUAAGCUUAGUGAAGUUUCCAGGAUCAUUCCUGGACAGCGUACUGCGAUUUUUCAACGAUAUCCUCGGCCUGAAAAGGAGUAUCAGUCAUUCUCAUUGAUAUACAGUGACAGGUCCUUGGAUUUGAUAUGUAAAGAUAAGGAUGAAGCAGAAGUUUGGUUAGUUGGUCUUAAGGCGUUGAUUGGUCGUGGUACCUCUCGCAAGUGGAGAAUUGAAGUAAGAAGUGACAGUGCAUCACUAGAUAGUCCUCAAUCACGCAACCAAAAAAAUUCUCCUUUCAUGAUAAUCUUUAAGUACUUAAUUUUUGUUUUAACUCUUUUCUCAUUGUUUCAGGAUCCAGGAGAUGCUCAAGGAAUUCAAGCACCUUAUGAGGCACACAAUAGAUUAGGAAAGGCAUUCGCUGACAUAAUUACACAGACUGAUUUAAUCAAGAGUGCCAGUCAACCAGAUUUAGUUGACUUUGGCCUAUUAUCAUCUGGGUCUGUAGAGAACUCAACUAGUCGGAGUUCUGGGGCUGAAGCAAUUAGAGUCAGUUUAUCAAGUGCUGUAAGUUCAUCAAGUCAUGGUUCUUGUCGUGAAGACUUUGAUGCCUUGGGUGAUGUUUUCAUAUGGGGGCAAGGUAUUGGUGAUGGAGUAUUGGGUGGUGGUGUGCAUAAAGUUGGCAAUGCAUUUAAUACAAAGAUGGAUGCACUUCUUCCAAAGGCCUUGGAAUCAACAUUGGUUCUAGAUGUGCAUAAUAUUGCUUGUGGGGGCAGGCAUGCAGUUUUAGUCACAAAGCAGGGAGAGAUUUUUAGUUGGGGGGAGGAAUCAGGUGGCAGGCUUGGGCAUGGUGUGGAAGCAGAUGUUCCCCAUCCUAAGUUCAUAGAUACUCUCAGUGGAAUGAAUUUUGAAUCAGUAGCAUGUGGGGAGUAUCACACUUGUGCUGUUACAGUCUCUGGGGAUCUUUUUACAUGGGGUGAUGGAACACACAACUCUGGUCUGCUUGGGCAUGGAAGUGAAGUCAGUCACUGGAUCCCCAAAAAGGUAAAUGACAUGGAGGGUAUACAUGUCUCAUAUAUAUCCUGUGGACCUUGGCAUACAGCUCUGGUGACAUCUGGUGGCCAGUUGUUCACAUUUGGAGAUGGAUCGUUUGGUGCCCUAGGUCAUGGAGAUCAUAGCAGCACAACUAUUCCACGGGAAGUGGAGACUUUGAGGGGGUUAAGAACAACAAGGGUUGCCUGUGGUGUUUGGCACACUGCUGCAGUUGUUGAGGUUGUGACUGAAUCAUCUGAAUCUGGAUCUCCAGGUAGCUCUUCCUCAGCAAAGCUGUUUACAUGGGGGGAUGGAGAAAAAGGCCAACUUGGACAUGGCGACAAAGAAUGUAGACUUUUUCCCAAAUGUGUAUCUGCUUUGUUUGAUGACAAUAUCUGCCAGGUCGCCUGUGGACAUAAUCUCACAGUUGCUCUUACAAUAUCAGGACGAGUGUAUACAAUGGGGAGCUCGGCCUAUGGUCAGUUGGGGAGUCCUACGGCUGAUGGUAAGGUUCCAACUAGGGUUGAAGGUAAAAUAGCAGACAGCUUUGUGGAAGAGAUUGCCUGUGGAUCAUAUCAUGUUGCUAUUUUGACUUCCAAAACUGAGGUUUAUACUUGGGGAAAGGGCACAAAUGGGCAAUUAGGUCAUGGAGAUAUUGAUGACAGAAAUACACCAACGCUUGUUGAUUUUCUGAAAGACAAACAAGUGAAGAGUGUAGUUUGUGGUUCAAACUUUACUGCAAUUAUAAGUCUUCAUAAAUGGGUAUCUAGUGCUGAUCAUUCUGUGUGCUCCGGUUGUCGAAAUCCAUUUAAUUUCAUAAGAAAACGUCACAACUGUUACAAUUGUGGACUAGUCUUCUGCAAAGCAUGCACCAUCAGAAAAUCUAUGAAGGCUUCUCUGGCUCCAACUAUGAACAAACCAUACAGAGUGUGUGAUGACUGUUUCGCUAAAUUGAAAAAAGGUGCAGAAUCUGGUUUCUCUGUCUGGAGUCCUAAAGCCAGAAAUGGAAUUUUGCCUCGUAAAUCCAAUGACAUGAUAGAUAGAGAGGCCUUAGCUCCCAGGUUACAGAUACAACUUUCCAGGCUGUCUUCUGUUGGCUCAAGUAAUCAGGCUGAAAGCUGGAAUUUCAAGCGUGAACUAAAACUAGAAUUACAAAACCGCCCCCUCUUUCCAGCUUACACUGGAACUUUUCAUCUCGGAGGAUUUUAUUCACCAAAGGUAUCAAUUUCUCCAGUUGGGGAUUCCAAGAAAAUUUUACCAGCUUCCAUAUCUAGUUCCAGAAAGACUUCGAGGGCAACAUCUUUUACUUCAGGAAAGUCAAGCCCAAAUCGAUCUUGUGUAGUAACUCUUGAUGAUUCAAAGCAAAUGAAUGACAGUCUCAACCAAGAGAUCAUAAAUUUAAGGGCACAGGUUGAAGAUCUUACUUGCAAAUCCCAACGCCUUGAAGCUGAACUUGAAAAAACAUCAAGGCAAUUAAAGGAGGUCACUGCCAUAGCAGAAAAUGAAGCUGAAAAAUGCAAAUCAGCCAAGGAAGUUAUUAGGUCUCUUACUGCUCAGUUGAAGGAGGUGGUUGAUAUACUUCCAGCAGGCCAGAAUGCCCUCUCCAAUUCCAGUUCUAUUGCCAAACACACCUCAAACACUGAGCACCUGUUCUCCAAUAACAGCCAUGAAACCAGCAUGAUGUCUUCACAAAGUGAAGUAAAUGGCAGUUCAGACAACCUAACCUUUUCUCAUGGAACCAAAGGACAAACUGAAAAGUCAGGGACGGUCGUUCAAGAUGAACCAGGAGUAUACAUAACUUUGUCACCCUUGCCCAAUGGCCGUAAUGAACUCAAGCGUGUUCGCUUUAGUCGGAAAUAUUUCACAGAAGAACAAGCAGAAAAGUGGUGGGCCGAAAAUGGGGCUAAAGUUUGUGAACGGCAUAAUAUCCUAAAUGCAUAUUAGUUAUGAAGAUUGAACACCACUGGAUUCUCUUGAAGAAGACUGGGUUGUGAACUCUUCUUAUCCACUGGAAACUGUAGAUUUCUUGUCCAAAUUACACAAAAGGAGCUUUUAUCAAGGAUACCAGCUUAGAAUUUCGCAGGUAGAGUGAGAAA